CCGCCGUGGACAAAGCGCCGAUGCUCGACAUCAUGAGCUGCGUGGAGAGGGACCUUCUGGACCUCAUGUUGCGCACGCGGGCUACAACGUCGUCCAGGAGAACGGACAGAGGAAGCUGGGACCGCCGCCCGACUGGCAGGGCCCCCCUCCCGCCCGCGGCUGCGAGGUGUUCCGUGGCGAGGAUCCCGCCGACCUGUACGAGGACGAGCUGCUUCCCGUGCUGGAGGCGGUGGGGCAGCUGUACCAGCUGCGCCUCAUGAUGACGUACGACGGAGAGAACCGCGCCGCGGACGCCGUCAAGAGACCCCACGACUUGGAGAUCCGCCCGGGGCGACGGAUCGCGGUUUGCGUGAGCGUCGACAAUCGCCGCCUCUUCUUGGCGAGGCUGCCGAAGGACAAGACGCGGGCCGAGGUGAUGGCGGCGAUGAGCGACGCCACGGAGGGCGUCGUGGACGUCCAGAUGCGCUUCUGUCGCUACGACAGGAGCCUCAGCCGAGGCUACGCGUUCGUCGAAUACGAGAGCCACCGCGCGGCCUGCAUGGCCCGCAGGGUGCUGCUGCCGUACUCCUUCCGGCUGUGGGGCCGGGACAUCAACGUGGACUGGGCCAUCCCGCACUCUGGCGGGCACCCCCGCCCCACUCGCGGCCCCGCCCGUCGGUAUGGACGAGCCUGCCGGUCGGCGGCCGUCUUGUCGUGGGAGACGCGUUUGCAGGCGCUGCUACGGAGCGCCGGCGUGGGCCACGCGACCUUCGAACUGCACGCUCACUCGGAGCCCGGCAGGCCCAUGGGCCUCCUGUACAAGGUCUCCGUUCCCGGGAUGAUGCGGGAAGGCAGCGGCUUCUUCCCCGCGGUGCUGAGCUCCAGCGUGGAGGGAGCGCGCGAAGUUGCCAGCGAGCUCCUCCACGAAAUCCUCAGCGACGCGAACCCGAGGGCGGGCCCGGCCCCCGUCGCGACGGCGCCUCCCGGCCGCCCCGUCCGGGACCUCCCGGCGUAUCCCGGCGACUUCCCCGCGCCCGGCAGCCGGUCGCCGCGCGCCUGCCGACAAGCGGCACGCACCCGUAGUGCCGCGUGGCCGUCGUGGCGGCGUUCGUCAGACCGCGGACG